GAAGUCUGCGCGUUCAUAGUGUCCGCCUAUUCGUCAAACUGGUUGCGACUCAACAAACCAUUCAACCCAUUGCUGGGCGAGACCUACGAGUACGAGCUCCCGGAGCUGAACAUAAAGGUGGUGUUCGAGCAGGUGUCCCAUCACCCGCCGGUGAGCGCCUGGCACGCCGAGAGCGACCACUUCGUACUCCACGGCACCAUUAAUCCCAAGUUGAAGUUCUGGGGCAAAUCCAUUGAGAUCGCCCCGGAGGGCACCGUUACGCUCAAACUCAAGUCCCGGCCCGACGUCUACACCUGGAAGUCCGUCAACUGUUGUGUUCAUAAUAUUAUUGUCGGAAAGCUGUGGUUCGAAGAGUACGGCUUAAUGGAGGUAACGAACCAAACGAAUGGUAUGCGAACACAAUUGAACUUCAAGCCAGCAGGAUGGUUUGGCAAGGACCUGCACAGAUUUGAUGGAUUCAUUUACUCACAAGACAAAGAGAAGUUGCGAUUCAUAUACGGGAAAUGGAGCGACUAUUUGAAGAGUGCCGGCGCUGAUGACUACGACGAGUAUAUGCGCACCCAUUCGCAGCGGUUCCGGGUGCCCGACCGGCCCGCCACCGACAGCUCCCAGCCCUCUACGCCCCGCAAAAUGUUCUCAAAACUCAAUAGUCUCACGCGUCAGCUCACGGGCGGCGGCGGCGGUAACUCCGUGGACGACACCAACGGACCUCCCGGUGCCGCCGCCGGCAACGGGACCGUCAAUCAGUCGACGGCGCCCCCGGAGGCCGGCCUCACGAACGGCGAUAUUCCCAAAAGCGAUUCGUCGCACUCGCUGGACAUUCCCAACUCGCGACUGGUCUGGCAGGUGAGGGCCCGACCCGACCACUCGCCACAGUAUUAUCACUUCACACUGUUCUCCAUGUCAUUGAACCAAUUGACGGACGCCCUGACGGCCCGUUUGCCCCCAACCGACAGCCGCUUCCGGCCGGACGUUCGCAAACUCGAAGAGGGAGAUCUCGAGAGCGCAGCGCUCGAGAAGAAUAGGUUAGAAGAGAAACAAAGAGAUGUUAGACGACAGCAUAAGAAGAAGAGACACCAAUGGGAGCCCCUUUGGUUUAGAGCCGAACAAAACCCGUACACAAAAGAGGACGACUGGGUAUACAAAGGCGACUACUGGCGCCGGGAGUUUGCCAACUGUCCCGACAUUUACUGAAUAUAGCUACUGAUUUAGGAAUGCCGUUACAAAUUGACAUUAAUUUGUUUGUCAACAAACAAAUGGUUACGUUUUGUUGUUAAUUGAAAUUUUAAUUUCUUAAUUCAUUUGCGCGCCACUCAAACACCCGACUACUACGAGACCCCUAUCCGCCGCCCCCACCCUCUCAUACCAUCGUUUAAUAGAGAUUUUAAUAGAAAUUUAUUAGUAAUUAAUUGAUUAUUAAUUAUUAUGAUUGUAACUAUUAUUAUAAUGAUUAUAAGUACUAUUUUAUACAAUUUAUUUAUAUUAUAUUUUACGAUAAGUGAUACAUAAGUACACAAAAUACACAUUCAAUUGCAUUACAAACAAAAUACAUGUUUAGUUUUUAAUUGAAAAUACUGUACACAUCGGCCCCACAUUUUUUUAUAUCAAAACAAUUGUUUAAGUUUUUGCCCCGAGUUUUGCGUUUGGUUUUUAAUAUUUAUGUCUAAUGUUUGAGUUGUUUGGCAUGAUUUUUGUUAUGUAUAUUAAUUGCUAGUAUAAGACCAUUAGAAAUAUUUAAUUGGAUUUAUGUUUUUGUAACGAAACACUCAAUACCCGUACAAUCGAUGCCGAUACCGGACAUCCAGUGUUACACCCCUUUCCCCCCAAUGCGGGGCUCUAUUACUGUGAAUACGAAAUAAAGUACGAAAAAUGUAUAUCAAAUAAAAAACAAUUGUUUUUUGUAAUUAUUUUGUAGAUUUUAUACGUGAAAAUCAUAUUUUUUCGUUUCGGUAUAUUCUGUAUAUGAUUGGGAACUCUGUAUCAAAGUGUGUAUAAAAACAGGCUGUUUAUUACGGGCGGGUGUCGGCGCUAACUGAUAACCACCGGCGCUCUCCCCUUCGGAAACAGUAAUACAAAACAUUUUCUGUGAAAUUGUUUUUUCUCUUUAAUUAUAUUUAGCGUUAAAUGUGUUUUAAAAAUGUAUAUAAUUUUCAUGAGAAAUAAUAGCCAUUUACGGUAUUAUAUGAAUAUAUAAUUUAAUGCUAUUAUAAAUAAGUAGAGAAUUCUGUGAAUACAUACAAAGUCUAUGAAAAGUAAUACGAAAACACGAUUCAAACAAACAAACCAUACCUUAAUUACUAAACAAUUACAUGAUGUAAACGAGAUUUCUAUAUUGUAACUAUAAUUUAAAUGUAAAAAUUUAUUAUUAAAAGUUAUAAAAACUUAAGCAAAC